GCGGUUCAGCCCGCUGUCUUGGUGGGUGUCGAGGUUGUGCGGUACUGCUGGUCUCUGACAACAGUAGUCGGUGGCCUGGACCUCAAGUAUCGGCGGGUACGCAGGUUUUCUCUUAGCUUUCGAAGUCUUCUGUUUAGGGCGGUGAUUCACUGAAGUACCUGAAGUGUGUCGGACUGGUAGGGCCGUUCGGUGUUCUCAAACAUUUCCGAGGUGGGUGGAAGGGCGGCGAAAACUACUUUCUGUAUCGCGGCUGCGGACAGUUCUGUACGUUGGCGAAAUACCCAGCAGUGGUGCCUGACUUGCGACAGCGCACAGAAGACUUUUAAUAGUAUUUUUCAGGUAUUUGUUGACGAAGGAGGAAGCGAGGACAGAGGUCCAACCUGUGCUGCCGAGUCAGUGUAUAUCGUAGUUUAGAGACCACCCGGAAGUUAGAAUCAUUAAAUGACCAGUUUUUUUGAGUCCGAUGUUUUUAUCUUCACUUUGCUGGGCAGAUAUCCAAAAUACUGGGCUGCCGAGUCCAGGGCCGCUCGCCUAGCCAACCUACUGACUCGGAGCUUCAGAGCCAUGGCGGCGAAGGAGUCGGGCGAUGCCGGAGCGGAGUCGGCCCUCUGCCCAUCAGCCAAUCCGAGCCAGCAAGCCUCUGAAAAACCAAACUAUGCCCUCAAGUGUACUCUCGUGGGACACACGGAAGCCGUAUCAUCAGUUAAGUUUAGUCCUAGUGGAGAAUGGCUAGCAAGUUCUUCGGCUGAUAAAGUAAUUAUUAUUUGGGGAGCCUAUGAUGGAAAAUAUGAGAAAACACUUUAUGGUCACAGUCUGGAAAUAUCAGACGUUGCGUGGUCAUCAGAUUCCAGUCGUCUUGUUUCUGCCUCAGAUGAUAAAACUCUAAAGAUUUGGGAUGUGAGAUCUGGAAAAUGUUUGAAAACGCUGAAGGGGCACAGUAAUUAUGUUUUUUGCUGUAAUUUCAAUCCACCAUCCAACCUCAUCAUUUCAGGAUCUUUUGAUGAGAGCGUGAAAAUAUGGGAGGUGAAAACAGGAAAGUGCCUCAAGACUUUGUCUGCUCAUUCUGACCCAGUUUCUGCUGUUCAUUUUAAUUGUAGCGGGUCCUUGAUAGUGUCAGGUAGCUAUGAUGGUGUCUGUAGAAUCUGGGAUGCUGCAUCAGGUCAGUGUUUAAAAAUGCUUGUUGAUGAUGAUAAUCCUCCAGUCUCUUUUGUAAAAUUUUCUCCGAAUGGUAAAUAUCUUCUCAUUGCAACUUUGGACAAUACUCUCAAACUAUGGGAUUAUAGCAGAGGCAGAUGCCUGAAGACAUACACGGGUCAUAAGAAUGAGAAAUACUGCAUAUUUGCCAAUUUUUCAGUUACUGGUGGAAAGUGGAUUGUGUCUGGUUCAGAGGAUAACCUGGUUUACAUUUGGAACCUCCAGACUAAAGAGAUUGUACAGACAUUACAAGGUCAUACAGAUGUCGUAAUCUCAGCAGCUUGUCAUCCUACAGAAAACAUCAUUGCAUCAGCAGCAUUAGGAAAUGACAGAACAAUUAAACUGUGGACGAGUAACUACUAAACCCUUUAGAAAUCUAGUAGUAGAGCCAAGUUGGCAAAAAAAGUUAGGUAUUCAAAAGAUGGUUUCCCUUAAUUUUGGCACGGUUUUGUAUUUCUUUUUAAUAUUGCCUUGGUUUUAAGAUUUUAAUACCUAUAACCUAAAUUUACAAAGCAAGACAGUUGGAAAAGCAAGUCUAGAACCUAGGGCUUCUGACUUUUAAUCUUGAGGUCUGUUAUUAAUCUCAUGUCUGUCCCUGAACAGAUUCCCAUUCUGUUUCUCUCAAUGACUGUUCUAGAGGAUCAGUACAUUUGAGAAAUAUUUAGAAGGUUCAGAAAACAAGACGACUGAUUAAAUGUGGGUAGCUAGGGAGUUUGGAAUAACUCCUAGGUUUUUGGUUUGGGAGAUCAGAGGACUAAGAGCAUAAGCCUGCCUGGGACGGUGGUGGACUGGAGACAGAAGAUGCCUCUCACACACUUUGAUAGCUUACAUGAUGGGAUAUGAAAUGGUCUGUGUAAUCAAGUCUGUAAAUUGGGAAAAAUAAGCCACAGUUAGGUUUCUUCUGAGAGUCUGAAAUUUUUAAGGUUUUAUCAAGAUUACAACCAGAAACAAACCAAAACAUUAUGAACGACAUUUUACUGAAGGACCUCUCACUACCUUGUCAGAUUGUGCCCUCUCCUGAUGUUCAGGCAAGCUAAAUGUGUGAACGGUGAGGCUGCUCCCUUCCCUUAUGUGUCUGACCUACUAAUUCCUGCCCAUGCUUCAAGUUCAGUUCAGAAGUCACCACUGUGGAGCCAUCACAGCUGUUAGGUUUUCUUGCUUCUUUCUAUAGCUCCUGUUAUACAACUAGAAUGUCAUUUACUAAUUUGUAUUGUAAUGGUUUCAUGGGCCAUGUUUCCAGUAAAUUAUGUGCUCUGUGGAGUCAAGAAGUAUGUUUUAUGCAUCUUUGUAUUCUCAGUUUUUAUAUAUAGAAGAGACUCAAGUAAUGUUUAUGAAUGACAAUGAAUUAUACCACCACCACACCUUCAUUCAUUCGUUGCCUGCUUUCAGUAAAUUUUUGGAAUUAAUUCCUCAUACUAUUAUUUUUGUUGAUUAAAAUUAGAAGUAUCCAA